AUGAGUGAGAGAGAGAAAGGUGAUCAUGGGAAGAAUCCUGGCAAAUCAAGUGAAGAACUUGACAUUCUUCAAAGAAGUAAUAAGAGGAAUAAAGGUGAGGGAGAUCAGUUUUCAAAUGAUGUAUCUAUGAUACCUAGACAUGAAGGUUGGAUGGAAGAUGAGAAUGGCCAACGUUCAACCUGGAGGGAAAUUCUGAUGCGUCAUAAUGGAGAAGAUGAUGAAUGGGAAGGAGAGGCGUCUGCCGAGGAAGACUUAGAUGGGGAGGAACCUGCUGAGGAAGAGGAUGUCAACCAUGGAGGAAUUAAGAUGUGGGAGGAAGAUGAUGGGCGUACUUAUUUUAGUUGCACCAAAAGAGCAAGGAAGAGAAUGAGGAAACCUUGGGAGAAAGCUCUGAUUGUUAAACUCCUUGGGAAGAAAAUUGGGGUGGAGUUUAUGAAGAAAAAAAUAAAUGUCUUAUGGGCUAGAAAAGGCAAAAUCAAUGUCACUGAUAUUGGUAAUGACUUUUUCGUAGUCCAGUUUAGUGAGAAGGAUGAUCUCAAUUUUGCGUUGAACGGUGGUCCAUGGAUUGUUUUGGGUCAUUAUUUAUCGUUGAGGAAGUGGGAACCAACUUUCAGACCUAAUAGUGCUGGAAUUGCUAAGAUUGCUGCUUGGAUUCGUCUACCGGAUAUUCCCAUUGAAUUCUAUGAUGAAGCUUUUUUUAGAAGGAUUGGAAACUGGUUAGGCAAGAUGAUCAAGGUAGACAGCAAUACAAAUGCUCAUGUAAGAGGACGGUUUGCAAGAAUAUGUGUGGAACUGGACCUAUCUCAGCCAUUAAAGGGUGAUUAUGUGCUGGAAGGAUUUACCAAACAAAUUGAGUAUGAAGGAUUAGGGCUCAUUUGUUUUGGUUGUGGGAAAUAUGGACAUAGCACCGAGAAUUGUUCAGCUGCUCCAAAGCAACGCAGUUCAUCCGAUAUUCAUAAUGACGAUCAAAUUCAUCAAGAGGAACCUGGCAACUCAGAAUUCCAUCGAAGUAAAGGAUUGGGACCUUGGAUGGUUGUUAAUCGUCAACGCAGGAGCCGGCAACCUCCUCAGACGGCCGGUGCAGUCCAGCCAGGCGCUGAUAAUCAUGGUGAUAAGGAGGAAAUUACGCAAUCACGGUUUGCAAUCUUAACAGCUGGACCUAUUAAUGAGGAGGAUCAUAAUCAAAUAAUUAAUUCUGUUACUCCUCAUAUGGGAGACCCUCAGUUUGAAAUUCCUCAGAAAAUAUGGACUAAAUCCAAAAAGUCCAAAGAUACCCCUAGGACUAAAUCAACGGUUCCUACUAUGCAUGCGGCUCAUUCUUCAAGCACGGGUAAGAGGUGUCCAGUCCAGAGUGAAAAUCGUGAAGAUCAUACUCCCAUUCCACCAUCUCCAUCAAUUGCUACUCCCAUGGCGGUUAGUCCUAUGCAAGCAAAUCAACAUGAUCAGGAAAAUGGGAUGAAAGCAGAUAGCACUUUGAACCAGAAUCAAGAGCAGUUAUAUGACACAUUUCAUAAAACUGGUCCUGAUAUAUCAGUUGACAACAGCAGCGACAUCCAAAAUCCUGAAACCUCAACCAUCUCUACGUGCAUGGAGGUGGACAGAGUUCACCAGGAAGAUAUUUCAAGAAUGAAGGAUGCAAGAACCUUGGAGGGAGCAGUGAAACCCCAGUUUCAAAAUUCGCUUUUUCUGUUUACUAGGAAAUAUAAGCCUAGUAUUGUAGUGAUUCUAGAACCUCGGUGUAGUGGUCAAAAAGCUUCUGACAUUAUCCGAAAAUCUGGGUUUAAGCAUGCUUUUGUUCAAGAGGCAGAAGGUUACUCAGGGGGUAUUUGGAUCCUCUGGAAUGAUGAGACUGGUCUCGUUGAAAUUGUUAAUCACACAAAACAGUUUGUUCAUUUUAAAGUUCAGAAUUUUCAUGUUCCUUCCUUUUCUUGCACGGCAGUUUAUCUGCUGGAUCUUGGAGGAUCAGGUCCUUGGUUUACAUGGAAGGGUCCGAAGUUUCUUCAUCUUGAUCGUGUUUUUAAGAGGCUGGACCGAGCCUGUGCUAAUGCAAGUUGGAAGACUACCUUUACUGAUGCUGGCGUUAAGGUACUUCCACAGAUUUAUUCUGAUCAUAGUCCCAUUUUGGUCUACUUGUCUAACUUGGACACAGGUUGGAAAAAUCGUCCCUUUCGCUUUGAGAUUGCUUGGAUGGAGCAUUAUAACUUUACUCAGUUUCUGGCUAGGAGCUGGAAUGUUGUGAAAGACACUAGAACGAAUCUGCAUGAUCUGACUCCAAAUUUAAAAAGAUGGAACAAGAUAGUCUUUGGCAACAUUUUCAAUAGGAAGACUAACCUAUUGCAAAGUAUUGCAGAAAUUCAGAAUCAUGUUGAUUAUCAUACCAACUUAUCUCUCCAAUCUAGAGAAAAGGAGGUUAGGAAGGACCUUGAUGCGGUUCUCAUACAAGAAGAGAUCUUAUGGUUUCAAAAAGCCAGGGUCUCAGUGCUUUGGAAUGGAGCCAUUGCAGGUGACUUCCUUCCUUCAAGAGGAGUUCGUCAGGGUGAUCCUUUAUCUCCCUACAUUUUGUUCUAG